AUGAUUUUCAACAUUUGUUCCUUCUUCGGUUUACUUGCGUUCUGCAGUCAGGCUAUAGCAUGGACCAACCCGAUCCGAAACCCGGGUGGAAGUGACCCGUUUGUUGUCUAUACUGGUGGAUAUUACUAUCUUCUCACUACCACGUGGAGCGACGUUGAAAUUGCGCGUUCGACAACUGUGGCGGGGCUUGAAACGGCAACUAAGAAAGUGGUGUAUACCACGACGGCUACAUCACACUGCUGCAACGUGUGGGCUCCCGAGGUUCACUACCUUGGCGGCAAAUGGUACAUCUACUACACUGCGGGCGAGAGUACAGAUCUCGAUGGGCAGCGGCUCCAUGUUCUCACGGGCGGUGCUACCCCCUGGGAUACCUAUACCUACAGCGGACAAUUGACAAAUGAAUGGUCCAUCGAUGCCUCAGUCCUUCGAUUCAAUGACUACGGGAACUACUUGAUGUUCUCCUGUUUCCACGGCGUGACCUACCAAUCAAUUUGCCUUCAAAAGCUAGGAUCGGACUAUGUCUCUUUGACCGGCAGCAUAUAUGUGAUCUCACAACCUGAUCAACCAUGGGAGAAGAACGGCACGCCCGUCAACGAAGGACCUGUUGCGCUUUACUUCGGCGGUAAGACAUAUAUCACCUACUCGGCAUCCUACUGCUGGACUGCCAACUACUGCCUGGGUACCUUGGAAUGGGACGGCAGCACAGCCCCCACUUCAGCGAGUGCUUGGACCAAGAGUAGUAAAUGUGUCUUCUCCUCGGCCAAUGGGAACUAUGGAACUGGCCACAAUUCGUUCUUCACAAGUCCGGACGGCUCGCAGACUUGGAUUGCAUAUCAUGCUACCACCACUAGCACUGGCGCCUGCGACGAUAGUCGGUACACUAUGAUCCAACUAUUGGGGACGCACAGUGACGGUAGUCCGAACUUUGGAACUCCGGUGGCGUGGGGACAUGCUUAUAGUGAGCCAAGUUGA